GUGGGGCUCCCCGCCUCCCCAGCGCCCCCGCUUUCCCCGGCCGCGUCCACGUCUGGGCACGUCCCCUUCGCGGCUCGGGCCACGCACGUCCCCGCACCUCACCUCCGUGCGCCAGGCGCGAAGUUAAAGGCCCGGGCGGCCGGGGCAGUGCAGGCGGCGCCCACUCCCGGCGGCGCGGAGCCCAGGCCGGCGCUGCAGACCGCGGCCGCUGCCCGGCCGAGUAUGACUUGCUACCGGGGCUUCCUCCUGGGCAGCUGUCGGCGCGUGGCGGGCGGCCGGGCGGCGCUGCGGGGUUCGGGCGCGGGAGGCCCCGGCACGCGGCCGCGGCUGGGCGGAGACGGCGGCCGGCGGCACCUGGGGCACGGGCAGCCGCGCGAGCUGGCGGGCUGCGGCAGCCGCGCGGACGGCGGCUUCCGCCCCUCGCGGGUGGUGGUGGUGGCCAAGACCACCCGCUACGAGUUCGAGCAGCAGCGCUACCGCUACGCGGAGCUCUCGGAGGAGGACCUCAAGCAGCUGCUUGCAUUAAAAGGUUCUAGCUACAGUGGACUACUGGAACGACAUCAUAUUCACACCAAAAAUGUGGAACAUAUUAUAGAUAGUUUACGGAAUGAAGGAAUUGAGGUUCGUCUAGUAAAAAGGAGAGACUAUGGUGAAGAGUCUGUUCGAUGGGCAGAUGCUGUAAUAGCUGCAGGAGGUGAUGGCACUAUGCUUCUGGCCGCAAGUAAAGUCUUGGACAGACUUAAACCAGUUAUAGGAGUAAAUACGGAUCCAGAUCGGUCUGAAGGUCAUUUGUGUCUUCCUGUUCGGUAUACACAUUCCUUCCCAGAAGCCUUACAGAAGUUCUAUCGUGGUGAGUUCAGGUGGUUGUGGAGGCAGCGUAUCAGGUUAUACCUUGAAGGGACUGGCAUAAACCCUGUACCUGUGGACCUUCAUGAACAGCAACUAAGUUUGAAUCAGCAUAGUAGAGCCUUCAACAUCGAAAGAGUUGAUGAUGAAAGGUCUGAGGCUUCAGGACCCCAACUUUUGCCCGUGAGAGCACUAAAUGAAGUCUUCAUUGGGGAGAGUCUAUCAUCCAGAAUGUCUUAUUCUUGGGCUGUAGCAGUGGACAAUUUAAGAAGAAGUAUACCCACUCUAAAGGGACUGGCAUCCUACUAUGAAAUUUCACUUGAUGAUGGACCAUGGGAAAAACAGAAGAGUUCAGGGCUCAAUUUGUGUACUGGCACAGGAUCAAAGGCCUGGUCUUUCAAUAUCAAUAGGGUUGCAACUCAGGCUGUGGAAGAUGUUUUAAAUAUUGCAAAGCGACAAGGAAAUCUGAAUCUUCCAUUGAACAAAGAAUUGGUAGAGAAAGUAACAAAUGAAUAUAAUGAAUCACUGCUCUACAGUCCAGAAGAACCAAAAAUACUUUUCAGUAUUCGAGAACCAAUAGCAAACAGAGUUUUCUCAAGUAGUCGUCAGCGUUGUUUCUCUUCCAAGGUUUGUGUUCGUUCUCGUUGUUGGGAUGCCUGCAUGGUUGUGGAUGGAGGAACUUCUUUUGAGUUCAAUGAUGGAGCAAUUGCUUCCAUGAUGAUCAACAAAGAAGAUGAGCUUCGAACUGUACUUCUAGAACAGUGAAAGAUUUCCUCAAGUGACAAACUUGGAUUAUUGGAAACUGAUUUUUACUGCAGAAAUAGUCGUGAGGCCAGUCAUUAAGCCUACAUUAUUUUAUUAUUGAGACUGGUUGCCCUCUGGGCUCACAGCGAUGAAGAAGGUGGGAUUUUCAUUACUCUUUUGUUGGAUUCUGAUAGAUGAAAGAUGUUCAUUGUGUGAGAACAUGGGAUGGACUAAAUGGAGUGGAAUUGAUGUCAGAGAAAUUCUGUAUUAUUUGUAAUUGGUAACCAAGAAUAUUGAUAUCUUUAAAUUUUGAGAGGUGAGUUUAAAUAAAGGAUUAAAUGUUUAGGACUUGAGAUUUAACUAUAAGAGUGUUUUUGUCUUCCUAGACAGUGGAAUGGGACAUACCUAUCAUUUGAUUAGUGCAUUAUUUUUUAUAAUACCUAAAAGUAAAGUUUUUAAAGUUUUUGAUUAUCAUGACAAGUUUUGAUAAAUUCUGACAUUGACCUAAUUAAAGUAGGAAAAUGUUUUUGUAUGUGCUAAAAUUUUCUAAUACCAGGACAUAAUGAUGACUAUUGAUUAAAACAUUUUAAUCAUUUUUGAAAUUAUUUAUAGAUGAAGACUUUGAUUCUGGCUAAUUUCAAUAACGCUGUAUGAAAUACAGUCAAAUCAUGAUGCUUUUAUAAAUGUAUUAUCCCUUAGCUAUUUUAGAACAAUUUUUUGAGAAAUUACUUGAGUUAAGAGGCCCCUUCCAUCUUUGCAACUGUAACAUUGAUUUAGGUACUAAAAGGAUGAAUUGAUGAAAUGUUUUCUAUUAGGAAUGUGGUAAAAUCUUUAAGAAGUAUUCUCACUACUAUUAGGAGUACUGUCAAAAAGAAUGGAUUCUUAGGGAAUGCAUGAAACAUUAAUUUUGGAAUUGAUUUAUUCAGUAAUGUAGUUCUCAUAUUCCAAAAUUUGCACAGUAGCUUUAUAGGAUAAAAUGUCAUGGCUUGUCUUUUUUUCUUUUUCCAUUAUGAGAACUUUGAUUUUGGAGGAUAUUAUUUUUAUUUAAUUCUUGACUUACAAUAAGUAAAUAGAGUUUUCAGGAAAAGUUUCUAUUUCUGAGUAAUGAAAUGGUAUUUUUAUGCCAUUUAUUCAGUUUAUUCACUUGCUGAUGAGUGUUUUAGUUUUCAUGACAAGUAUUUAUUGAACACUCACCCUGUGCCAUACAUCACUGUGUCAGGUGCUCGGUACACCAAUGAAUGACACUAUCCUAAUAGAAUGUGAGCCAAAGAGCUCAGAAAUCAAAUUUUGUGAUGCUAGGAUGCUUAGUCAAAUUGAGUGUUCUUAGUUUUUUUUAUCAUUAACAUGUUUCUCUUACCACUAUUUAAAAAAUAUUAAUUUGAAAAGGUAUUCUAGAUUUUGAUGGAUAUCUGGAAGAAUGUUUUUCUUAAGUACUUGCAUAGACCCUUAAAGCAAAUAAUUUACAUGAUGCAUGAAAUGAAAAUAAAAAUUAGUGUUUUCCUAGGGCUGGAUCUAAUUUCUGCUGUAGUUUUUGAAAAAUAAUACAUGUAAGAUUGCCCAGAAGAAUCUUACAAGUAUUAACAUUAGACAGAACAAAUAAUUUUUUAUACAUUAGAUGGAAAUAAAAAUUAGUGUUUCUUCCGGGGUUGGAUUUAAUUUGUAGCUUGAUUUAGAAAAAAUGAUGUAUAAUAUCAUUUUGUGAAAAAGUUAAAUUACACACUAUCCCAGUAUCUCAAGGAAAUCUGUCCAUAUGCUACCAUAGAUCUGUUAAUAUGUAAGUUAUUAAUAGGUAGCUUGCUGUGUGAAAUUGGUUAUAAGCCAUAUUCUUAAAGGUAUUACAAAUACUUACGCUCUAUUUGUGACAUAACUUCUGCUCCCUGGUAUAGAUUUGUUUGUAAGAGAUGAGACAAAAAGGAUGUUACAAUAGCAAAAAUGUCUUUUAUGGAUGAGUUAACCUUUCAAUGACAACUGUGAAUAAAAUUAAACAAUUGCUUUUUUUAACUACAUAUUU